AUGGUGACAUCCUUCUACCCCCAAGAUGCCAAAUCUUUCUUUGAGGCAAACAAAAACAUGUUCCUCCCUGAACACACUGAUGACAUCCGACACUUCGAACCACUCAGUCUCCCUGAACACUUGCAGGAUAACUCUGUCGCAAAGCUCUACCGCACAAACAAAUAUCGUGUGGUUCUAAGCAACCCCGCCUACACCAAUCUGCUGCAGUUCUUGGAGAGCAAGGACAAAGAAGGUGGAUCUGUGAUGAAUGCAAUUCUCAGCAGUUUCUGCUCUGUGAAAACUCUUGAUCGAGCGGCCGACGACCGUUUCAGUUUCGCUGCUAUGCUGAGCCAGAUUGGCGCUGGUCAAACCUUCCCGGCUGAAGAUGAAGGUAUUCCAGGACAUCAUCCAGGUUCAGCUUACACGGGUGACAAUCCCGCCAUGGCUGGCACACUCCCCCGCUUGAGACUUGGAAAACUCCCCAUGGAGCAAUUGUUGGAGGAGGAUGUGCGGGCUGAAUUGGCAGAAGAGGACCAGAAGCAAGGACCUCCUGCUGGCCGCAACACGCUCACCCAAGAAUUUGAGGACAUGAUUAAGAAAGAGGACGACGACGAAGCACCCUCCCGUUCUGAUAUCCCCUUCCCUGCCUCUACUGCUCGUGACGUUCAUACCGAGGUCAAGAAGGUCAUGGAGCACCGUGAUCGAUUCGAGAUUAAGGGUCGGACCGGUGGUGUUGGGCCUGGAGUUAGUGUGUGCAUGUUCACGUUCCACAACACCUUUGAUAAUCUUACUUGCAUGGAUGUCUCCGAUGACAACAUGCUCAUUGCCACGGGUUUCCAACAGUCUUACAUUCGUGUCUGGGCCCUUGAUGGCAACUACCUCCCAAAGUCUGGACCUGAGUUUGCCGACAUCCCCGACGCAAGCUCUCGCCGCUUGAUCGGCCACUCAGGUGCCGUCUACGCAGUUGCCUUCCCGCCAUGUGCCUCCGCCCGCGACAACAUUCCAGAGAGGGAUCGCGUUAAUACAAGUGCUCGUUGGCUACUUUCUUCAUCGGCGGACAAAACGAUUCGCCUGUGGUCGCUUGAUGCUUGGCAGUGUAUGGUGGUCUACAAGGGCCAUGAUCGCCCUGUAUGGGAUCUGCGCUGGGGACCAUUCGGUCACUACUUUGUCUCUGGUGGCAAUGACCGGACUGCCCGCCUCUGGGUCAGUGAUCACGUUCGCCAGCAGCGUAUCUUCGUCGGUCAUGAUCAGGAUGUCGACGUUGUGUGCUUCCAUCCUAACUCAGCCUAUGUCUUCACUGCCAGCUCUGACCACACCGUCCGCAUGUGGGCUGUCACGACUGGUAAUGCUGUCCGCAUGUUCACUGGUCAUACUGGAAACAUCACUUCUAUGGAGUGCAGCCGUGAUGGAAAGCUUCUCGCCUCGGCCGAUGACCAAGGAACCAUCAUUCUGUGGGACCUUGCCCCUGGUCGCCUUCUGAAGCGCAUGCGUGGCCACGGCAAGGGAGGUAUCUGGUCUCUCAGCUGGAGCGUUGAGUCUACUGUGCUUGUUUCCGGUGGAGCAGAUGGAACUGUCCGCAUCUGGGAUAUUGCCGGCCCUCAAGAAGCUCAAGGUCGUGUCAUCGGCGAAGGAGGUGUCGGGACCAAGAUCGAUGCGGGUCCUACUCCCGCAGGUCAGAACAAGAAGAAGAAGGGCAAGGAGACCGUUGUCACCGCCGACCAGAUCAGUGCUUUCCCGACUAAGAAGAGCCCUGUCUACAAGGUCAAGUUCACGAACAUGAACCUGGUCAUUGCGGGUGGUGCCUACUUGCCUACCUAA